AUGUGGGUCUCCAUCUUGGCGCUCACCUCGUCGAUCGUGCGCAAAACGUCCUGCAUCGUGCUGUUGAUCGCCCCAGACACCUGUGAUUGCACCAUCAGCGACCGGUCCAGGUGCACAGAGUCCAGCGAGUUGUCGAGCGAGGAUAUGAGAUACUCAAUGGCGUUGAACGUGGAUCGUUCUUCUAUGGGCGCCUCUUCGGUGGUUGUGUUUGUGUACGACUCGUUGUCGGAGUCGACCCCGAAGUCGUUGGCGUUCAGGGACAUUUAA